UAAAUUCGAGACGGGUAUUGAACGCCGUGGUACCUGCUUUUUGUACUACUGUAUAAUGCUCAACCUAUUGAGGGGGGCAUACGUAGGAGUUAGGAACAGAGUCCGAGGGUUAAUCAUUUUAUACUAGGUAGGUAGUGAAGUUAGGAUACCUAGGUCGAGGUCGUAUAUGCCACAUGACGGCCCGGGACAGCAGAAGGGCCUUGCGGGGUGCAUGUGCUCUCAAGGCCUAUCUAUCGCUGUGGCUUAGUCCUUAUUUCACUCAAACAUGCUCGGUGGCUAUUGUAUCUGGUAGAAGGGACGGUGAGAGAACAGGACAACAAGGGACCCCAGCAUGGUGUUGCUGUCAACACAAUCAACGUUAUCCGACACUGCCGAAGGUUGCGCACCCACUCAACAAAACUCAGGACCGUUGAAUCAUGAAAGAGCCGGCUUGGGCUAGGAGAGA